AUGCUUAGAUAUUGGGUUCAUUUCAGUAGUUGUACUUGGUUGAAGCUCAAAAAAUGUUGAAAAUUACUUUGCUUUGCUUGGUAGCAUUGGUUGCUGGCGUUCAUUCCCAUGGACGUUUAAUGAGGCCGACGAGCCGAUCGUCGGUAUGGAGAGUGCCCGAAUUCCAAUCCUUAAAUCCACCCACCAACUGGAAUGACAAUGAACUAUUUUGUGGUGGCAGACAUCAAGCCAAUAAUCCCGGCACUGAUUGCGGAGUCUGUGGUGAUUCAAUAAAUAAUGCCUCGCCAAGAGCAAACGAAAUGCGUGGACAAUGGUACAGAGGCAUCAUUACUGGACGCUAUACUGCCGGACAAAUCAUUGACAUCGAUGUCGAUAUGACCCAAUAUCACAGAGGUUUCAUGGAAUUCCGAUUGUGUACGGCACCUGGAAAUGGAGCCGGUGAAACUCAAGCUUGCUUCAACCAACAUCUUUUGCAAAGAGCUGACGGUGGCGGCAGCAGAACUGAAGUUACCCGCACUGGAUGGUAUGCCAUGCGAUACCGUUUACCAGCUAAUGUACGAUGUGCCCGCUGCGUCAUUCAAUGGAAUUACCGAGCAGGUAACAACUGGGGUCAGUGUCCCGAUGGCAGUGGAGCUCUUGGAUGCGGACCACAAGAAACUUUCAGAGGCUGUGCUGAUGUUACAAUCAAUUAAAUAGUAACAAGCAAUAAUAUCUUCUGUGCUGUGAAUUCGCAUAAUAAAUUUAACGGAAAAGCAAAACUAAAA